AUGGACAAAUUGAUUGCAGGAGGGAUCUGUGUCGCAAUUGAUCCAGCAUUUCUUCGUGAUUCCAUCUUGAGCCACAGCGACUUCUUCGCCUCUGCAUACCGGACUCAGCAACUCACUAUCCGCCAUCUCAACGCCCUGAUCCAAUUCCUACUGAAGGAAGGAUUAUCGUCCAUCCUUGAUGUGCCGAUCCUUCCACUCAGGAAUCCUAUAGGAGGCCUGGCCACGAUCGGUCGUUAUGAAGGCCAUUAUCCAUAUAUCUGGUGCACAGAUCAGGAGACCGUGCUUCUAGAGCGUCUGUUCCCUACCACUACGCGGAUCCUAGAGCCAAGCUUGGCGGGGAAUCACUUGCUUAAGCACCCUGACUUGAACGUCAGAGCUUUAGGCAGUGCUGAAGUCGCAGAAUUGAUUCAACAACAUUAUUCCGGUCGCGUUUCAUGCGAAUUAUCGUCUGCGAAUGAAAUUCGCGUUGAUGCUCUGUGUAAAGAGCUAAGUCAGCUCAAAGUCGACUACGCCGCGAUUAAGGAAGUGACAUUAGUUCGGACGACUUCGACCUCCAGAGGAUUGCGUCAAUACCUGUCCAUCGCGCGAUGUUCAGGUGUCGACGUAUUCCCCGAACCGUCUGAACACGCACGGUUUUCAGAGAUCAUUAGGUACCUGAAGCAUCUCGGCGCCAUCUUCGUUCCCGUCGGCUCCCUACGCAGCUCCCUGCAAGCUCAGUUACGGCUUGACGCCUUCAGCACGCGACGAGUACUGGAUUUCCUGACGUCAGUCAAAUCUUCCGGGCGGGACAUUAUUGGUUACUUCGCACAGCUGAAUGAUACCUCGAGCAAUGCUUUAGCGAGACAGAUCAGAACAUGGUUGCUCGAGACUGUGCAUGUCUCCUCCUACCUCGGAGUUGCAAAAUAUCUUCCCGUAUGGCCCGUCAUCCGCAGAGGUGAAAUGCACCCCCGCCUUGUUCCCGCAUCGGACGUGGAGAUGCUAGCGGCCGGGUAUACCCUCGCGACGUUCGAACCCUUCUUGCGCCACGGCCACACCAUUGUCGAGUUCAGCUCAACCCUGAGCCGGCUACAGCUUGAACCGCUCAAACCUCGGCAGCUCUGGAACCGCCUUGAUCUUACAAAUACCACGACGGUCUCGGAGGCCGAUUUGCCUCUUUUGAUACCGGUACUGAAGUUUUUCAUCAACAAUGACGAGAGCUGGUCGAAGAGCAUCUGCGUACCGGACUCUUGUCGUCGUAUGAGAGACGCCCAGGACCUUUUCGCCCGUUCUGAGCCAUUGUACGUGGCAGCACUUGCCGAGCAGCCGCAGCGCCUCAUACACCCGGCCCUUCGUCAUUUGGAGGCCGGGUUGAAGAAAUAUGGAUUGCGCAUGAACGUGGACAUCGAUAACUUCAGGGAAUGCGCACAGGCAAUCCACGAUAGCAGCGGGGAGGAAGGCGCCGCUGCCCACGUUUUCCAGUAUUUCGCUGAUCGGCUGCCGCUUCUCAUACCUGCUAGCAACGCUUGGGCAUGGAACCGAUUAGACGAUCUUCGCUUCAUUCCGAGAUCACAGUCACGAAGUACGAGGCACGCGUUUCCCUUGAGCGGCUACGUCAAGGAACUGCCUUUCCUGGUUUCGCCUUCCGAAACAUUGCGGCCGGAGCACGAAGCGAUCGGAUGGACACAGCGUGCCUUGCCUACGAGACCGGAAAACGGGCUUGACAGGCUGCUGAUUGCUCGCCCAUCGUUCGGAGUCCCCUCUGUCCGAGAGGUGGUACAUCACCUAAAGGCUCUCGCGCGUAUAGCCAGCGAUCAGGCUCCGACUCUGGAACUUCUCGGCGAUAUCACCCAGACCUACCAAUGGUUGGAAGAACGGAACGUGGAGGCCGGGGAUCACCUACUUGAUUUUCAUACAGAGCCAUUGUUCUUGAAUGUGGACGAUCCAAGAACAGAGUGCUGGCAGUGGGACUCCGCAGAGCAGCUGAUUUUCAACGCACCCGACGAAGAUCGCAGAAGGGCGGUACGCGGGUUCCUGCAGCAGUACAGGAAGCUUAUCCUCGCCGGUGGAGGACACGAGAUUCAGGCUGCUGACCGUCCGGAAGUCCCUCGGUCUUCCGCCGAGGAGGCGUUGAACAUCUGGAGAUGUGCAUUACGCUAUUUCCGCGACCAGAAGAAGUUCGUUGACGUGACGAUUUGGGCCGAAGAUGCCGUCUUCGACGCCCAUCGCGUGGUGUUGGCAGCGAGCAGUGAGUACUUCAAAACUUUGUUCGCGUCAGGUGUCGCGGAGUCGCAAGAAAGUGCCAUCUCCGUGGCAGAGUAUCGACAGAAUAUUGUACGCCACGCAUUGAGUUACAUUUAUGAAGGCAUGAUCACCAACGAACUCGACAACGAGGACGAUCUUAUCGAACUGCUGAGGCUGGCGGUGACCUGGGGGCUGAACGGACUCAACAUCGACGUCCAGCAGCUUCUGAUCGCGAAGAUUACUCCUAAAACCUACCGAGACCUGCGACAACUCGGUGACGAAUGCCGUUACUCCAGCAUGGGUGAACCGGUUCCAGCAUUGCUUGCGAACGCUUGCGUCAACUUCGCCGAGAAAAACGCACGCGAACUUCGAUCCUUGGGAGUUUGA